AUGGCGGAGCUGGUGGUCAGCAUGGUGGUCGGGCCACUGCUGUCCCUGGUGAAGGAGAAGGCAUCGAGCUACCUCCUGGACCAGUACAAGGUGAUGGAGGGCAUGAAGGAGCAGCACAAGAUCCUGAUGCGCAAGCUGCCUGCCAUCCUCGAUGUCAUCACCGAUGCCGAGGAGAAGGCGACGCGCCGAGAAGGAGUGAAGGCGUGGCUCAAGGAGGUCAAGACGGUGGCGUACGAGGCGAAUGAAGCCUUUGAUGAGUUCAACUACGAGGCGCUCCGUCGUGAAGCCAAGGAGAAGGGGCACAUCCGCAAGCUUGGUUUCGAGGGAGUGAAGCUCUUUCCUACUCACAACCGCGUUCCAUUCAGUAAUAAAAUGGGCAACAAGCUUCGCAGGAUUGUGCAGACCAUUGAAGUCCUUGUGACUGAAAUGAAUACAUUUGGAUUCGACUAUCAAAACCAAGCACCAGCACCCAAGCAGUGGCGUGAGACUGAUUCCAUCCUUAUUGACUCCGGUAAUAUUGCCACCAAAUCAAGAGAUGCAGAGACGCAGAAGAUUGUUAAGAUCCUGAUUGAUAGGGCUAGCGUUGCAGAGCUCACUGUCCUUCCUAUCGUUGGAAUGGGUGGGUUGGGUAAGACUACCCUAACUCAGCUCAUCUACAACCACCCUGAUGUCAAGAAGCAUUUUGAGCUACACAAGUGGGUCUGCGUGUUUGAUGUUUUUAAGCUUGCAAACAAGAUCUGUAACAGCUCCGAAAACAACCUUGAAGAGGCACAGAAGAAGCUCCAGGAUGAGCUUCAAGGAAAGAGGUAA